CUGAAAAGGGGUUAGGAAGGAAUCUGAAAGGAAGAAGAAAGGGUUGGCUUUGGGCGGAACACAGUGCGAGUGCCGAGAGGGAGAGAUGGGAGAGGGAGAGAACACAGAAAUAGAAAUAGAAACUGAAACAGAAUCAGAAGCAUCAUCAACAUGGAACCUCGCCAAACACACUCACGUAAUUCACCUCUCCGAGAAGCUCAUCAAUGGGAACCUCAACGCCAAGAUUGAGGCUGCCAGGGAGAUAAGGAGGAUGGUUCGGAAAUCCUCGUCGUCGUCCAAGACACGUUCCAAGCUCGCCGCAGCGGGUGUCAUCGAACCGCUCGUGUUCAUGCUCUCUUCUUCCAACGUCGACGCUCGCCAAUCCUCUCUCCUCGCUCUCCUCAACCUCGCUGUUCGCAAUGAACGAAACAAGGUCAAAAUAGUGACAGAUGGUGCCAUGCCUCCACUGGUGGAGCUCCUCAAGAUGCAAAAUAGCAGCAGCAUACGAGAAUUAGCUACAGCUGCAAUCUUGACACUCUCAGCUGCUGCACCCAACAAGCCCAUUAUUGCUGCUUCUGGAGCAGCACCUCUCCUCGUUCAGAUUCUCAAAUCUGGAAGUGUUCAAGGCAAAGUUGACGCUGUUACAGCCCUCCACAAUCUUUCUUCUAGCAUUGAGAAUUCCAUUGAACUUCUUGAUGCAAGUGCUGUUUUCCCUCUGAUCAACCUCCUUAAAGAGUGCAAGAAGUAUUCCAAGUUUGCAGAAAAAGCCACGGCACUACUUGAAAUCCUUUCCAACUCUGAAGAAGGACGAACCGCGAUCACAGUCGCAGAUGGUGGAAUCUUAACACUAGUAGAGACAGUCGAGGAUGGAUCACUUGUCAGCACAGAACAUGCUGUUGGAACUCUGCUGUCAUUAUGUCUAAGCUGCCGCGAUAAAUACCGGGAAUUGAUUCUUAAAGAAGGAGCAAUUCCGGGUCUGUUACGUCUGACAGUGGAGGGCACAGCUGAAGCUCAAGAUAGAGCCCGUGUGCUUCUGGAUUUGCUGAGAGAUUCUCCCACAGAAAAAAGACUAACCUCCUCAGUUUUGGAGAAAAUUGUUUAUGACAUUGCUGAAAGGGUAGAUGGAGUAGAUAAAGCUGCUGAAACUGCCAAACAGUUAUUGCAAGAUAUGGUUCAAAGGAGUAUGGAACACAGCAUGAAAUGCAUCCAGCAUAGGGCUGCAUCUUGUACUCCUUCUGUGAUUCCAUCCACUUGAUGUGUACCUUUUUUUCCUCAUCAAGCAACUGCACAAUUGAGUUUUAACUUGUAUAUAUGUUUCUUUUUUUUUUUUUCUCUGGGGGAAGUUAGUGUGUUAACUAAGAUCAGCAUGCAAAGCGAGUCUAAGCUUCUCCACAUGACUAGUGUAAUGAUGUUUACCAUACUAACUUGGGAUUUGAUCUGUUGACCCUCAUCUCACGAUUAAUUACAGCGCAUACUUCGACAUGGAUGCUAUGUUGUGUAUGUGCACAUAUAAAAGAAUCUGCCUUGUGUAUUUCUUUUUCA